UUGUCCUUUACUCACAGAGACAUGGUGACAGAGCAUGGCUCCAUGUAUUCCAGCGCUGCCUAUGUGGUGCUGGUUAUUGCCUUUGGAACGGUGUUGCAUCCUGAGCUCAAGGCAUUUUAUCGCCACGGGCACGGAAGCAUGAAAAACACCGUCUCGGCCAUUGACACGAUCGCGGCCUGUUGCUUUCUCUUCUUGCUGCGCUGUGCAGUGUCGCUGAAGAGUGAAGGCUCUAGCCGACCUUGGUGCGAGAAGCUACGCUGGGCAGCUCCGCCCGGCAUUUUCGUGUUCCUGGUGAUCACUUUAUCCACUUGGGCCAAUUACCUCAGCUACGAGACGUUCGCCCUGACUGCUCCUUCGGAACUGCUCUUCGUGUGGUGCCUGGCUCGCUGCUGCCAACACGAGGAGCGACGGAGACCCGUAGCACAGGACCUCCCUGCGGUGUUCUUCACCACUCUGGGCACCUGCUGCUUGAGCUUCACCAGCUCCAGCUCCCACGCGUUUGAUGCGCUGCUGGCGGCUUUGCUGUGCCGUUGGUGCCAGGCCUCGAUGACUGUGGCCUUGCGGAGCUGCUGCGUCGUCUUGUCCGGCCCGGGCAAGGAAGAGACCGUCAGCGUUCUGGAGAUUGCACAGCUUAAGCUGAUGGUCACAUCAUGCCUUUGUCUUCCCUAUGCCAUCAUUACUGAAGGUGUUGCGCCAUGGUCUACAAUUGUCUCUUCUUCCUUGUGGGCAGACCACAGCUCUGCCAUGUUGCUCAUUGGCAGUGUUCUGAUCACCAUUGGCUUUCAAUGGUCAACGGUCGGCCUUAACAGGUCCUUCCGAAGUCCACUUUGCGCGUUGCUGCAAAGCACCUUGCAGCCCUUGACCAGCUGUGUGCUGGUGCUACUUCUGGCAGAUUCACCCUGGCAGAAGAUCUUGGGCCUCAAGCAGCUCCGUGGUACUAUCGACAUCAUCGGCUUGUGCUGCCUCAUGGUGGGUUUAUUUCUGAGCGCUUGGGUAUCACGAAGGCAACUGACCUCUGCGGAUGAAGGGAUGGAAUUCCCAGACCGAAGGCUGUUGACCUCAGGCUGAAACCGCUGCCUGUGCGCCCGACGACCGGUCACCGACCGGAAAAGACUGCCUUCCCACGGUGGCGAUGGCCUUGGCCUUGGCUGGCGCGGGAUGGGGGGAAUGGGGAUGGCAUCUUUUGCACCGGUCCU